CUUCCGGUGACGUAAACACGGUUAUUCUCUCUACGCACUACGUUGUUUUUACGGUGUGCUAAAGUUAGCUUACAGCAGUUUGUUGGUGUGUUGGCGGCGUUCACACUUAAAUGAUGCACGUCUGAUAUACUAACCUGUGUUUUCGAGUAAAAAAGGCCUCGGUUCGGUUCUUGUCGGUGUCGGUAAAAGGCGAAUCUUUAGCAGUUAGCUUAAAAAGGCUAACCGACUCCACAAUGGAGGGCAGCGCCAGUGUGAGGAGAUCUCUGUCCGGGACACUUGUUCCUGUGGCGGUCACAACGGUGGCUGUCUUACCCCAACCCGAAGAGACAGGCAAGGGGAAGCCGCAGAGAAAGGUCCUUGAUGAAGAGGAGUACAUUGAGAAUUUAGAGAAGAUCAUCCAGAGGGAUUUCUUCCCAGAUGUAACUAAACUGCAAGCACAGAAGGACUAUCUUGAUGCAGAGGAAAAUGGCGACUUGGGGAGAAUGAGAGAGAUUUCCAUCCGAUAUGGAUCGUCUUUGACUAAAUCUACACCACGCUCUAAUGCACCAUAUGUGACGCCAGCUAGCUUUGAGACGCCAGUGGGCCACGCAGGUUCUCCCUCCUCCACUAUCGGCAAUAAAGGUUUAGACGGAGAAAGCAAAGAUGAUGACAAAGAAGAGAAAGAGCUGCCCUCUCUGGAUCGUUUCCUUGCUAAAAACACCAGUGAAGAUAAUGCAUCGUUCGAACAGAUAAUGGAACUGGCAAGUGACAAGGAGAAGAUGAGGCAUUCCUGGUUGUAUGAGGCUGAGGCUGAAUAUAAACAGCGCCAUGAAGAGAACCUCGCCUUACCAUCGGUAGAGAAGGGGGCGCUUGAAUGUGUCAAAGCUGGACUUGAGACAUGGGAGUACAAAGCAAAGAAUGCCUUGAUGUAUUAUCCAGAGGGUGUACCGGACGAAGAUGAUUUAUUUAAGAAGCCGAGGGAGGUAAUUCACAAGAACACGCGCUUUGCUGGAGACCCCUUCAGCAAGGCUCUCAACAAAAGUCAGAUUCAGCAGGCUGCAGCCCUCAAUGCACAGUUCAAACAGGGUAAAGUAGGCCCCGAUGGGAAAGAGCUCAUCCCUCAUGAAUCGCCAACAGUGAACGGAUACGGUUUUGAAACAAUGCCUUCUCCUGCCCCUGGUGUAUCUGAGUCGCCUCUAAUGACCUGGGGAGAGAUCGAGAGCACGCCGUUUCGUCUGGAUGGAUCCGACACCCCGUAUGUCGAAAGGAAUCAUGGCCCUUCAUUUAAGAUUCCAGAACCGGGAAGAAGAGAGAGGCUGGGUCUAAAGAUGGCCAACGAAGCUGCUGCUAAAAACCGUGCAAAGAAACACGAAGCAUUGCGAAAGGCUACAGAGAAUCUCGCAAGUCUUACACCUAAAGGUCUAAGCCCCGCCCUCACCCCUGCCCUGCAGAGACUCGUAAAUCGGACAUCCAGUAAAUACACUGACAAAGCACUACGAGCGAGUUACACGCCGUCGCCCUCGCAUAGAGCCAACAGCUGCAAGUCUCCCUUCGGUGGCCCGUCCACCCCUUCAGGCACGCCAACGUCAAACAAAGCCAAGACGCCAAGCUCUCAGGACAUCACAUCACUCACAGACGAUCUGCUGCAACUGCCCAAGAGACGAAAAGCCGCGGACUAUUUCUAAGAACAAGUAGAAGAUCUCUGUAGAAAUUCUACAGAGCAGAUUGAAUAUUUUUUAGAGGACUUGAUUUUAAACUACAGACCCCUUUUUUUCUCAAACUAUGAAACACACCUUUCAACUAUGUGUCUGAAGAAAUGUACAGAGGACUGAAGAAAUCUCGUUUUAUGGCUACUUGUUAUGUUCUAAGUUUUCUUAGGAUAAAUGUAAAAUUCAGUAUCCACACUUUAUUUAAUCUUUUGUUUAUUUUAUUUUUUUUAAAUGUAUUUCUCCGCAGUGGAAGUUUUGAUGGAUGUUUGUACAGCCACUAACCAAACAGCUCAUGCCUAGUUUUUAUCUUUACAAUAAAAAUCCAGUAGCUGUUUCCAGGAAGCACACAGAAAUAAUAUUUCAAAGCACAACAUCCAAUAGCUCAUAUCAGUUUUUGUCACUGCAUAGACAUAACUCAUUGUUACAUGUUUGGUGGCAUUAAAUCAGGCUUCCCCAACAUUACACUUUUGUGUUCUUAAAAAAUGUACAUUUAAAGAGAAAACUGUAAAUAAUAAAAAAAAAAAAAAAAACACAAAUUA